AGGAAGCGAGAGGUGUUGAGAAUGUGUGGCAAGGCGCGGGGCGGAGCUGACCCCGCACCGGCCAGUUUCAAAGGGAAGUACUAUAGUCAAUAGAAAGAAUCCGGCCUGACCAGGGCUCAAACUGCCGCCUGUUAUUAGGCCGUGAACCCUUGCAGCACAGCGUUCUAACCGAUUGAGCCACCGAAGUGUGUGUGUGUGUGUGUGUGUGUGUGUGUGUGUGUGUGUGUGUGUGUGUGUGUGUGUGUGUGUGUUUAAAUCGUUUCCAUCGCGGCACUGUUACCAUGUCAUGGUACAAAGGACAUCCUGCCCCUACACUCAGCUGCCUUACUCCCAGACAGUCGCAGGCACUGAGGCAGGGAUGGCGGGCCGUGUGGCUGUGAUAGUUUUCCUCUCGUUGUGUCUUGCAAUCGCCAUCAGCCACGCCUCGAGUGAAGAGUGUGACACAUUUGAAGAAGAAAAUAAAGAACGAGAAAGGGAAGUAGGAGAAAAUAAAGUUGAUACUGUUUACGAAAGCAAGAGUGACAGAAAACGAAAGUCAGUAACCUUGUAUGUGAAGCCGGGGCAAGGCUUUCAGGGAGUAAGUCUUGAGGUGACACAAGCGAAAAAUUCGACACAUGUGGUCUGGUUUCCUGUUGACCAGAGCUACACAGGCACCAUGUGGGUCGAGCUGGACAUGUUAGUAAAAACACACACGAAAAGAAAUCAUGGGCCUCCUUACGUGCUGCACUUCGAGUUAAAGAGUGGUGACUGUGAGAAGGUGUGUCAGACGUCUUCGAGUUACUAUUACAAUAUGAGGCUGCGUGUUGUAGCUCAUGGCUCAUCCACCUGGCGACGUAAGAAAACACGAAACAUGCACAUCGACAAACAGUCCGAGGAGCUGCCGUUCACCAAAGACACAACCCAGUGCAUAAACCCACCAGAUCAUAACCCACCCGGCAACACAAACUACAUCCUCAAGCCGCCUCCCCCCAUCACCACGCCGCCCAUCCCUUCUACACCGCCUAUGUCAGGGCUGAUCAUAAUAUUGUCGGUGGUGAUGGUGGUGGUGGCGCUGGUCCUGGCUGUCGUGGCGGUAGUGGUGUUCUUUCAAAUUCAACAACUUGUCAACACCCUCGCUCUCAGAGACCAGCCAUCCUCGACAACCGGAUCCGGCCACGCCCACAAGAGCUUCAGUCCACGUCAUUGAGAACAGUCUGUACGAACCUUUCAGCGGCCCCCAGACAAGACCCGCCGCCAGGGGACAUCAAGAGCAAGUGCACGUCAUUGAGAACAGUCUGUACGAGCCCUUCAGCGGCCCCAAGACACAGUAACACGACAGACACACAGGAACACGAUAGACACACAAACACGGCAGCCACACAGGAACACGAUAGACACACAAACACGGCAGCCACACAGGAACACGACAGACACACACAAACACGGCAGCCACACAGGAACACGACAGACACACACAAACACGGCAGCCACACAGGAACACGACAGACACACACAAACACGCCCGGCGGCCCUGCGGUGCGUGCAGGACGCAGGCCUCCCCAAAGUGUCUCAUCAGGUCUGUUCCGCCGAUCAUGAUGUAAACGUGCCGGAGACUUGUUACUUUCAUUAUUAUUUUUUUGUGAGUGUGGGUGUUCAUAAAUUGAUGUACCAUGAAAAAAAUGAAGGAUUAUUUACUAUUGUAUCUCAUGAAUACAGAACUAGAAGUUCUUUCAUGGAUUUACAAGUUACUUUUCAAGAUUUUUCUUCUUCAUAUAUAUAGAAGUGUAGUUUAUAAAGCAGCCAAUAUAUUGAACGCUGUUUCACUAGUUUUCAAACUGUGCAAUAAUUACUUUUUUUUAUUCUAAUCCAAUUAUACUGUGCACACCUUUAGUUAAUAUUGUGCCUCUGAAUACUGUGCACACCUUUAGUUAAUAUUGUGCCUCUGAAUACUGUGCACACCUUUAGUUAAUAUUGUGCCUCUGAAUACUGUGCACACCUUCAGUUAAUAUUGUGCCUCUGAAUACUGUGCACACCUUUAGUUAAUAUUGUGCCUCUGAAUACUGUGCACACCUUUAGUUAAUAUUGUGCCUCUGAAUACUGUGCAUAC